UUCUUAUUUCUUUCACCACCUUUCUUUAAACAGCACGAAGAAAAAUAGAGACAAAUUUUUUGAGAAAGAACAAUUUUUUUAUUUGGUGUUGAGAAAAUAGAGGAGAAAAAUGCAAGCUUACAAAGCAGCAGUAGUACCAAAUGUUACACUUAAUAAUAAUAAUAGUAGUGGUAACGCUAAUACUAUGUAUUGCCAUUCAACUUAUUAUCUCAGAGGUGAUGAAGCUAAUAGAAAUGCGGCGCGCUUUGCGGAUAUUGGAGAACUUGAGCAAUCUGCAGGAUUCACUCAAGAAGAUGCUGUUGAUUUAAGCAGAAGUUCUGUGUAUGGUGAAAUGAGGCCAAGCAAUGUUGGUGUAGUUUCUUGCAACAAUAAUAAAUUACAUUUCGGCGAACUUAAUACGAGUAUUGGUUCAACAGAAAUUGGUUCAUCAGAGACAGGAGUGGAUACAGGGAGGUUCAUGUUGCAGAAGGCACAAACAGCAAUGUUGGGGGCUGGUUUGGUAGGUGGUGGUGGUGGUAGUGUGGCAUUGGGAAAUGUGCAGCAUUUUGAGAAUUGGGGUGAUUCUGGUAUUGCGGACCAUAGCCAGCAGACUGACACUUCCACAGAUGUUGAUACUGAUGAAAGAAACCAUCAGGGCCAAGGGAUUCAGCAUGGUGCAUUAAUAGCUGUGGAGUCCAUGGAUCAGUCCAAAAUAAAGCUUGGAGACCAGAAGACACUUCGCAGGCUGGCUCAGAAUCGAGAAGCUGCUAGGAAAAGCCGAUUGAGGAAAAAAGCAUAUGUUCAACAGCUGGAGAAUAGUAGGCUCAGAUUGUCGCAGUUAGAGCAAGAGCUAAAACGAGCUCGACAACAGGGCAUAUUUAUUGCUAAUGGAUACACUGGAGAUCAGAGCCUUUCUGCUGGUGGAAAUGGGGCUUUGGCAUUUGACAUGGAUUAUGCACGUUGGCUAGAAGAACAUCAACGGCUUAUCAGUGAUCUCCGAUCAGCUGUAAAUUCUCACAGCGGAGAUAACGAACUGCGCCAUCUUGUUGAUGGAGUAAUGUCACAUUACGACGAGAAAUUCAAGUUAAAGAGUGUAGCUGCAAAAUCGGAUGUUUUUCAUAUGCUGUCGGGCAUGUGGAAGACUCCUGCUGAACGGUGUUUCAUGUGGUUGGGCGGAUUUCGUUCUUCUGAACUCCUCAAGAUUCUUGGCAACCACCUCGAACCAUUGACAGAACAGCAGCUCAUGGGCAUAUGCAACUUGCAACAGUCUUCUCAGCAAGCCGAGGACGCCUUAUCACAAGGUAUGGAAGCCCUGCAACAAUCUCUCGUCGAUACUCUUUCAUCUACCUCUCUUGGCCCUACUGGCACCGGAAAUGUAGCUGACUAUAUGGGUCAAAUGGCGAUUGCGAUGGGCAAGCUUGCCACUCUUGAGAACUUUCUUUAUCAGGCUGAUCUUCUGAGACAACAAACUUUGCAACAAUUGCAUCGAAUCUUGACUACUCGUCAAGCUGCUCGUGCCCUUCUCGUCAUAAGUGAUUACAUGUCAAGGCUUCGAGCACUCAGCUCGUUGUGGUUAGCACGCCCCAAAGACCAACUCUAGCACAUGAAUACUUCAUUCCUACAAGGUUCCUCCUCCUCAUCGCCAUUUCUGAACCUUUGAAUAGUCAUUAUAUCGUUAGCUCACAACUUUCAAAAGUCUUUUCAUUCGGAAUUGCACAAUGACAAUCGUAUAGUACUCGUUUACUAUCUCGAUCCACACUGACUCCAAACAUCUUGGAACGAUUAGUGAUCUGUAUACUACUAUCUAGUUCUAGCUAUUUACAUGUUCUAGGCACGUUAGUCAUCUAUUCGAAUAUAAUCUUUAGUAAAUCGAUAUAUGUAAAAGCAUCGUCCUUCUGGUUGCAGUUGAUGUUUGUUAUUUUGGUUUAUGGA